CGCGAAAACAGCAAGUUAUGAAAGGAAGGAAUUCAGCUGUGUUUUACAAAGAAUUUCACAAGCGUACCGCAAGUGUAGGGAGUUUUUAACAGUGUUUUUUCAGGGACAGAAGCAUCCGCACUAGCACCAGAGAGCCACACCGUCGAAUGCGCUCCACCGUGCAUGCCUGCAUCGUUGGUCGAGGGCACGCUUUCCCCAUGCACCAUGGAGAAUCCGGCGGACGACGAGAAGCAACAACUGCCGUCGCCCGUAAGCGGUGACCUUCCGGAAGGCUUGGUGCUGGUGAGCAGUGGAAGCGAAGGUCCGGACGAGGAUGAGGAUCAUGAGGAGGGCGAAAUACAGGACGAAGAUGACGAGGGCCAGCAGCAAGAGCUCGAGGACAUCAGCUCGGAGGAGGAAUCAACUAUCCGGGAGCGCAUGGCAGCGCUGGAAGCGAUGGACAAGAAGGUUGGCAUGAUGAAGCGCAAAUUUGCCAAGCACAGCAAAUACGACUACCUAGACGUCGAGGAGGUUAUGAACGGGAAGGAAAAUUAUUAUUACUACCCGCAACAUCAGCACCCGCCACAUCGUACCCAUAAGCCAUACAAAGCAAGCACCACAAGCAAAGAGGACAAUCGCUACGCCGACGGCAAACAUACGCGCUCGGUUGCAACGAAACGGAACGCUGAAAAGACAAAAGAAAAAGGUUCGAAACGGUCCUCGCACCGUUCACGCCAUAAAAGGCGACGGUACGCUUCCCGGUCGCCGGCACCCGCCGAACGGCAUCCACACUCGUCGGAUUCCGAACCGGAAGCGGCCGUCGAUCGGGAGUAUCUGAAGCUUGCGUUGGGUAUUGGCAAUGGCAGAAGCCAGCGGCAUUCCAGUACGAGGAACCCGCUAAAAAAGAAACUUUUGCUGCAAACCGCGAAGCGAAAAAGAAAAUCCGAGGUUAAGAAGACACCAGUGGUGGAAGAGUCGGACGAAUCCGAUGCGGUCGUGAUAGAGGACGAUGCGGACGAGGAGGAAGAGGAAGAAGAGUUGCAGCUCCGGUUGCUAGCACUCAGCACGAAGCCGAUCGUGCGGGAAGCGGGACUUGGAGAGAUUAUUUCCGAAUUUCAGAUACCAUCACCGCCGCCACCGCCCACGAUAAACCAGGCGGAAGAUCGUGUGUCCGACGCGGUAUCAGCGGAAGAGCAAGAGUUGCGCCUGAUCGCGCUUAAAACGGCCGUACUGAAGAAGCACGCAUCGCGAAAGAAGCGCCGCGAGCUGGACAAUGAGCAACCGUACUCGCCGAGCGACGAUAUCAUGCUUUCGCCCGUCCGGGAGGUACCUCCCGUUUACGACAAUGGUGUGUACAGCGAUGGGCACGAUUCGGUGGAAAUGAUCGAGGACGAUGCGGACGAUGUGCAGAUCGUGGAACCACAAUACGUACAGAUCGACCUUGUCGAUUCGGACGAUAAUGGAAACGAUAUGGAGAUUAGCCCACUGGGCAGUCCGACGUCCGAACGGGGUGCUAACGGGCCGGAUGAUAUGGAGGAAGAUUCGCAGCAACCCAUCGAUAUGGAGCUGGCCAGUAGCGACAGUAUCGGGAGUGCCCCAUCGCCUGCGUACAGUGGUAAUGCGAUCGAGCAAAGGUUGCUUCUCGCGGGGACCGAUUCUUGCGAUUCUGCACUGUUCCAUCGGAGGGGAGAUUUGGCACCGGCAAGCCCUUCCGUUACACCCGACUCGAUGGAGGAAGCGGAAGCGGAAGCGUUGCGCCAUCUGCUGCUAACGAAAAUGCGCCAAAAGCAAAGCAAACAGCAGGAAGUGGUUGACCCACCAUCGAAGAAGGUGGUGGAACCGAAAGAGCAGGAACCGAUGGAAACCGUCCAGAACGAACAUGACCCCGUGGUGCAGUGUGAAGAGAAAGAGCAAGAGUUACCGGCGCGGGCGCAAGAACUAGAACAGGAAACGGAUGCUAUCUAUCCGACGAGCAACGAAAACACCAACUUGAUUACCAUCCUCGAUCGGAGAACACAGCGAAAGCGAAAGAAAAAAUCACUCUCGAAUAGUGCUAAUGUUCCGGUGGAGCAACCAACCGCCACAGACGUUACCCCUGCCAUUCAACUGCCACCUGAGGUCCGGCCGCACCAACCACAGCAACAAGAACCGGCCAAACCGGCUUCCGUCGUUCACACGCAAAAGCUCGUCAACAACCCGAACAAGCUGAUCAAUCUGAAUCGAACUGCUGUGUCUGCACCAUCGCCUCCGCUGCAUCUUACGACCGUGACCAGGACAGAAUCACCCAAGGAACUAACUACCGUCGAUACGUUUGUUUCACGACCAGUAGCGAAGCUCGUGAUACAGCUUGGCCAUUCCGAUUCUGAUUCGGAAGUAGAUUUCAGCGCUUCGUCUCCGGAGAAAAAGGAUGAUGCGGCGGACAGUGGUGUCGGUCCGGUGGUGCCCGUUGUGGCGUCAGGCACGACGACGACGACGGCGGUACGGUUUGAGGAGCAGUUGGAUAAGUUUUUGAAAAGUGUACGAAGCAAAAGCACGACCGCACCGACAACCAACCAAGAAGAUGGUGCCAAAGAGUUGGCGGAACAUUCCGGGAAUGUUGGCGAGCGCGUGGCUUCCAGCGAGAAGAGCUUAUCGGGAACGAGGCAGCAUCAGCAGUCAAGAAAUGCGGCAAAGAAACUUCCAACGAGCAGUAGUGGUGGUGGUGGUAGUAAUGCUGUGGCGACGCCGACGGCUGUGAGACACCUUUCGAAAUCGGCACAGAUGGAGUACAUGAGACUGGUUGCCCGUAUGGCACAAUUAGAGCGCGAUAAGCUUGCACGCCAAAAUUCCGCACAGGCUCCUAGCAGCACCGCGAAAGAUAACUCAGUUCCUAAACCAGACACCCAAAAAGUAGCCAACAGUGGUUCAGUCGUAGAGCAAAAGUCGGCCGAACCAAGACCUGCCCGCAGUCCUGGCAAACGGAAGCAAUCGUUAAGUAUUGCCGCUUCCCAGCUAACAACGGCCACUACCGCCACCACAGCAGAAGCUAUAGAGGAGCAGCUGGCCGCCACUGCCACGCAAGAUCCGAUCGAACGAAAGUUGCAACAGAUACGAUCAAGUUUGCCGAACCUAUCGGAAGCGUCCCGUAACCGGUUGCUUCUGACCGCGGAGAAACAGCUCGAAAAGCACAGCGGUGCGUUUAUGAGUGAGCUCGAGCGGCAUAACGCGACGAUACUGGAGGCACAGCAGGCACGCCGGGAGCUGUUCCAUCUCGAGAGUCGCAUCGAGCUGCUGAAGGAAAAGCUGGCGCUGCUCGAGAGCGUGUACGAAAAGCGGCGGCACCGAUCGUACGACACGAUUAGCAGCCUGCAGGCGACGCGCAAGAAGAUCCUGCUCAGUCGCAAGCGUUCCGGUGAGCUGGAACGCAUGUGCUACCAGAUCGGGCGUACCAUUAAGGGGGAAACGUAUCAACUGCCGGCAACGUCGAGCGGAACCGUGGUGCAGCAACAGUUGCGCAUUUUGAUCGCCGAAACGCGGGAGCUGCGCAACAUUCGCAAACCGACGCUGCAAGAGUUUAAGGAUGAGAUGAUCGCCAACCACAGGCGACGGUUGGCGGCGAGCAGCACGGACGAUCAGCCCGGUUACUGGAAAACGGUCACGUACGACAAUGAGGAGUGUGACGAGGGGCGAUCGAAUGAGGUGGGAGCUCAGCGUGAGGACGAGGACGGAGACGCUGUAGCCGAGCGCGAGCAGAUGAAUACGUGUGAAGCGAUUAAUCGGGACGAGGAACCAGUUCCUGAGGAGUCCUGUCUUCCCGUGGAGGCUCCUGCUGUGAAAGAGCAAUCAGAACAAGUUGUAGAAGAGGGUGAACCUCAUCCGACGUGUGAGGAGGAUGAGCGUGUGGCCGAAACUGAGCCAGCAGCAACUGUACAUACUGUAGCGCAGACGGAUGAGGCUUCGAUUGCGGCUGACGUCAUCGUGCAGGAGCAGGAGAUACCAAAUGAUGUUGAGCCAAUGCCAAUGCAAGACCCGUCACCGGGUUUGAUCCGACCGGAAGACACUGGCUCGAUGCAGUGCGGCGAAGAAGGAAUCGUUCCAGGCGAAACGUUCCGAAUAGAAAAGUACACGUCACCGCUGAUGUCCUUGAAGCAAGGUGCACAGAACAUUCCCACCGGUAUCCUUUGUCCCUUUGAGCUCGGAGGUCAAUGCGUUGAUCGGGACUGCAAGUACGAGCACUUUAGUGAGCGUCGUACGGUGGCGUAACGGCGUUGCGUUGCUAUGUGAUUCUUAACCUGAGUGCCAUCGCCAUUUUGUUUCGAUUUCGUCCUGAAUCCUGCAUUUUUCUCCCGCCCCCACCCCCCCCCCCCCCAAUCCAUUUUUUUCUCGCGCACUCAAGUUUCUGUCCCGACGCUAACCAUCUCCAGAGUAGGUUUGCCAUGCCCUGUUUUGCGUUGAGUUACCGUUUAAAGUGUACAUUAAAUGAUUCCCGUAUGUUGGUUCCACGUCUACCGGCCCCGCUCCCCACACCCUGGUGUUCCCUGUGGAAGAAGUGCAAGAAGAUCGAAUGGCCUGGGGAAUCGAGCAUCACAGGAAGCUUCCGAUGAUGAAGCGACACACACACGGACGGCGGCUUGUUAGCGGUGGUUGGGCUCCCGGACCGACCGGGUACGAGAUGGAACGUCGUGUUCCACAUUGGGUAAGUUGUUGUUAUACCAGAUAUCCCUCCGAUAUUCUGUUUUCGGUUUGUUCACUGUCGAAACCAUCGAUCGGGUCGGGGUUGUUGCGGUGGAGCGCAGGCGAGCGAUCGUGUGAUUAUAGUGCCGUGCAAUCGGACAAUCGAAGUGGAAACCAGCUUUCAACGCCAAGGCAGCACACACGCCACGCUGUAAGCAUAGAAGAAGUUUAGUUUAGUGGUGCAAUUAAAAAGUUCACGCGAGUGAAAAGCAAAAGUCGGAGAAUACGCGGGGCAAAACAAUGUGCGGGAAAACAGUUCCGCGUGUCGUUUUGCUACAGGAGUUUUAGCAUGAUCGAUCCUGCUGCCGAGUCGGUGCGCAGAAGAACGUACCAACCUGCCAGCUGCCUCUUAUGACUACUUCGUGUGGGUCGUUGCGCACCGGUGUGUGUCCUUCCCGAUGCUUCUUCAUCGCCCACGUGGGCGAUCAUCAGCUUGGUAGGGGGAAAUUCGAAACUUGGAGCAGACACGAGUUUCGGAUAUGAAUUUUUGAAUCAAUUCUUUUUUCUAGAAUUUUUGAAUCUAAAUUGUUUACUUUUUUGUUGCUUUGGUUUCUUCACGAAAAAUUGUUUCAUUUUCUUUUACUACCAAGUACACUUGAAUUAAACGUUGAAAUUCACCACGGCAAACUCAAACGGUGUUUGUGUGUUUGUUGUGUGAGUGUGUUUGUGUGUGAGUGUUUAUAUAUUUUGUCUAUUAUUCACUGUUCCCUUUUAUUAUAGUUUACUUCUCUAUUGUUUUACUAGAGCUCUUGUAACGCGAGCGAGUAUUUAUGAACUUAAAUUAUGCCGUUGAUUGAUCUAACUUCUGGGGUUUUCAUUACUUUCAAACACUUCUGUUUUUGUUUGGUUUGUUGUGUGUGAACACACACACACUAGUUUUGGAGCAGCGACCGUUGUGUACAUAUAUUUCGAACUGCUGAUACUACCGUUGCUCUGAACGGAUUCCUUUUGUUUUGUUUUUAACUCUUCUCUUUAAGUCUUUAAGUACUCUUCGGUGUAGUACAAAAUUUCUAUCUUUCCCUUUAUGUUAAGGUGUGCUCUAGUGCGUAGUACUUUUUAUUUUUCUUCUUCUUCCGUUUGGGAUGGAUCUUCUCUCCGAGCGGUACGUUGCGGGAACCAGUACAAAGUGAUACAAAGUGAAAAAUCGAACAAAAAUCGAAACGAACGAACUAAAACUAGAGGAGAAGAUUUAUUUUUUUUUGUUGUUGAGACUGAAUCAAAAUGAAGACGAAGAAAAAAGAAUAAAAUCAUGUAAGGAAGAUGACGGUAAAAUAGAUCGAUGCGUUUGUUGUGCGGCUGAGUUUAUUGCGGUGAAGGUAUUGAGAAAAGAGCGUGAUCAAUGAAUCGGAUUGAAAGAAAUCAAGCAAGGGAUAUAUUUCCAAUAGAUUUAGUUUUUUUUCCUGGAAAAGGGUAAGGAGUUCUGAAAACGCAUACGUCGCCAACGUCAAAAGAAAAGGAAGCAAGCUUUGUAUGGCAAGAAUACCAAGGAUUCAACAUUUAAAAAAACCGCUCUUUAAAUCGCUAUCAUUUCUCGAGGAUUACUAUAGUUUUCCUAAACCAGCCAUCGGACGAUAAGGAAUGAUCAGGAAGAGUUUGAGAAGUAAGAGUAAGUGCCCAAGCGAUGAAGAAAUACAUGUACGAGAUGUGAAGAAGAGAUUGACAG